AUGGAGCGCGACUCCGCGAGGCUGCUGAGGCCGACGGGCGAUGAUGAGUCAGUAGCAGAGGAGAGCACCACCUCCAUGACGGAGAUCGUCAGCACGCUCCUCAGUGGCCUGUGCGGCUGCUGCGGCGCGCUUGGUUACCAGAAGGCCGAGGCGGAGGAAAAAGGCAUGGAUCUCGUGCCUGUCGAGCGCCGCACGUCCGGCGCAAAGGCGGUGCGUGCGGUGCUGGAGGCGGAGGACGCGGCCGAGGCCGAGGCCGAGGUGGCUCGAAUGGCGGAGGCGGCUCGCAAGGCUGCUGCCGACGAGGCGGAUGUGGAGGAGGAGCGCUCUGUCAUAGAACUCACACCUGAGGAGGCGGAGCGGGCACGCGCCGACGCGGUCGAGGCAGCUGCUGCGGCCGCUGCGGCCGCUGCGGCCGAGGAGCGCUUGGCGGCGCGGACGCAGGAAGCACAGUUGACGGUCGAGGUGGAGGCAGCGAGGGUGGUGGCGGCGGAGGCGGCGGCGAGAGCGGAAGAGGAGCGUUUGGCUGCCGUGGCGGAAAGGGCUGCAGCGGAGGAGGCGGCGAGGGUGGCGGAGGAGGAGGCGGCGGCGGCGGCGAGGGUGGCGGCGGAGGAGGCGGCGAUAGCAGAGGCGGCCGCUGCGGAGAAGGCUCGCAGGGAGGAGGAGGAGGAGGCCGAGGCUGCACGCACCGAGGCGGCUCGGGUCGAGGCGGAGAAGGAGGCGGCGGAGGAGGCGGCGGCGGCGGAGAAGGCGGCGGCGGCGGCGGCGGCGGCGGCUGCUGCGGCUGCGGCUGCGGCUGCGGAGAUGGAGGCGGCGCGUGUCGCUUCCGAAGGUCGAUCGGCGAGCCAGCUUCAGGCGGUCGCGCGAGGCCGGCAGGGGCGGGCCAAGGCGGCUGUUGCAGCCGCCGCGAAGGCGGAAGCGGCGGCGGAGGCGGCGAGGGCGGCGGCGGCAGCGACGGCGGCGGCGGAGGCGGCGAGGGUGGCGGCGGAGGAGGAGGCGGCGGAGGCGGCGAGGGCGGCGGCGGCGAGGGCGGCGGCGGAGGAGGCGGCGAGGGUGGCGGCGGAGGAGGCAGAGGCGGCGGCGGAGGCGGCGAGGGUGGCGGCGGAGGCGGCGGCGGCGGAGGCGGCGGCGGCGGAGUCGGCAAGGGUGGCGGAGGAGGCGGAGGCGGCGAGGGUGGCGGAGGAGGAGGCGGCGGAGGCGGCGAGGGUGGCGGCGGAGGAGGCGGCGAUAGCAGAGGCGGCCGCUGCGGAGAAGGCUCGCAGGGAGGAGGAGGAGGAGGCCGAGGCUGCACGCACCGAGGCGGCUCGGGUCGAGGCGGAGAAGGAGGCGGAGGAGGAGGCGGCGGCGGCGGAGAAGGCGGCGGCGGCGGCGGCGGCGGCGGCGGCGGCGGCGGCGGCGGCGGCUGCGGAGAUGGAGGCGGCGCGUGUCGCUUCCGAAGGUCGAUCGGCGAGCCAGCUUCAGGCGGUCGCGCGAGGCCGGCAGGGGCGGGCCAAGGCGGCUGUUGCAGCCGCCGCGAAGGCGGAAGCGGCGGCGGAGGCGGCGAGGGCGGCGGAGGCGGCGAGGGCGGCGGAGGAGGAGGCGGCGGCGGCGGCGGCGGCGAGGGUGGCGGCGGCGGAGGCGGCGGCGGAGGAGGCGGCGGCGGAGGCGGCGAGGGUGGCGGCGGAGGAGGAGGCGGCGGCGGAGGCGGCGAGGGUGGCGGAGGAGGCGGCGGCGGCGGAGGCGGCGAGGGUGGCGGCGGCGGCUGCGGCAGAGGCGGAGGCGGCAAGGGUGGCGGCGGAGGAGGAGGCGGCGGCGGAGGCGGCGAGGGUGGCGGCGGAGGAGGCAGCAGAGGCGGAGGCGAGGGCUCAGAGGUCAGCGGAGGUGGCGUCAGCGGCGCGGCUGCAGGCGGUGGUGCGGGGCCUCGCGGACAACCACGUCUUCGGCGUCGGCGAGAUCAUCGACGCCGAGGAGGCGCCGCGGGAGCCAGCCCCUCCACCGCCGCAGCACGGCUCGGAAGCCGUGGGCGACGCCCUGCUCAUCGACUUUGGCGGCGAGAUUGUGGACGAGGGUGCGGACGACGGGUGCCUUCCGGAGGGGGGAGCGUUUGGCCCCCCGCCCGGUCCGCAGCUCGGCUUGCCCCCGGCGCGCAGCUUGCUCGACGAGUUCGAUUUUGAGGCACCGGGUGCAGGUGCGGCCGAGGGGGCGCCGGCGGGCCUGGCACCAGCACCCGACGAGACGUUGGGCGUGGCGUUUGAUAAGUCGGAGCCUGCCCUCGAAGCGCUCUUCGGAGGUGCGAUGCCAGACCCCGCCGCGGCCCUUCCGGCUUGCGCGGGAGAUUUGUCGGAGGCGUCGCGGGGGCUGCCGCUCUCGUCGUGCGCGUCGGACGACGAAAUCGUUGACUAG